AAAAAAUAAACAUAAAUAGGUUGUGUGGUUGUGAGAGACAUUCAGACACACUGAGCAGUCUGAUAGAAUGGCUCUGACAGCAAUUACCCUUCUGUGCUUUGCAGCUUUGCUGCCUUUCCCAGGACUGGGGGGAAGUGAGGAGCACUCAGGAAAGCAGGGACCAAUCCCCAUUAAGGUGACUGUCAUUAAUAAAUUUAAUAACACAAACAUCUCCUACUCCACUACUGCGCCAGUGGGAAUGCCGAUAUUUGGGAUCUUAAAUCAGCUACAUGACAAGAACAAUUUCAACUUCACAUACACUAUUAGCAAAAGCUACGGCAUAUUUCUGGAGAGUGUGAAUGGACUGGCUGGAUCUACUGAAAGACACACAUACUGGGAGCUUCUGUCGAAGAAAGGAAACUCUAUAACCCAACUGAACGUGGGAAUUGGCUGCUACCAACCCAAGAAAAAUGAGAAUUUCAUCAUGAAUUUUACCACUUGGGACUAAAAGGAGAUUUGUUUUCUGCGAUCACAUCUAUGGUUAUAAAUGAGAUCUCUCUCUCUGAUGCUGAUUCAACUCUGAUUCAAC